AUGACUACACAGAAGCGUUCUCGCGAAAGUGGAGAAUAUCAUGAUAUUCGAACCCUUUUUCAACGAGAAGGAGAACGGGCAGCAUUACUUCGAAGUGGACCUUUUUUUCUUGAAAGGAUUCUUUCUCCUAAACUUGUCAACCAACACCAAAAGUUGGGAUCUAUGUUGUUUGAUCCAACUCGAAUGAAUGUCGGCAAAUCAUUUAAAGAGAAAAAACGUCAUGGUGUACUGGCAUUACCACAACAAACCGUAGCCUCCUAUAGACUUUAUUAUUAUAGUCAAUUACAAUAUUGUAAUCUUUACCCUGUAGUGAUACCACAAUCUGAGAAUACCCCUUCAACAUCCUCAGGCGUUAUCACAGAUAUUGUAUUUGAUAAGGAAGAAGAAUUUGCACUUGUCUCUCAACCGAAACGAUUGAAUAUUUAUACUACAGAAGAAUGGCAGGAUUAUGAUAGAAUGGGUGUGGGAUCAUCUUUAGAGAGUGAACCGGUAGUAUCGGUAGAGGCACGUGGAUGGCGUAGUUGUGGAUUUGGCUUCUCUGCUGUUCAAUUCCUUGGCUCUUCUUUACAUAUAGUAACUAGUUAUCAUCAUGCCCCUGUUGUGGAUAUAUUUGACUUGGAAGAUGUGGAUGAGGAGACAUGUACACCACAGCAACGUUUUGCCUUGACAGAAGCUAGAGGAACCGGAAACAGUAGUAGUAGUAGCCAUAAUAAUAAUAAUAAUAAUAAUAAUAAUAAUAAUAAUAAUAAUAAUAUGAAUAUGAAUAUGAAUGGUAAUGGAAGUGUGAUGGAUUUGUCAACGGCGUAUGCAAAUGAUGUUGUAGCGGUUACGGAACAUGUAAGUUUAGCCGCACUCUCAUCUGGACAUUCGGUUUGGUUAGAUCGUCGUAGUGGAAAAGUAGAAACCUGCACAGGCGUGUUUGCACGUGAAUAUAAUAUUGGUCAACAAAAUGCUUCUCUUUCUAAAAGAGGUCCACUCACUGCUGUGGCAUUUCUCUCUCGUCAUAGUCCUAUUAAUAUUGUUUGUGGAACUCAAACUGGUGUUGUACAAUUAUGGGAUGUUCGCUAUACAAGAGAUUGUGUAGCUUUUCAUCAAACUUCUGCGGCUAUUUCUUGUAUACAAGCCUCUUAUACACCAUCCUUACAUGGAUUAGUUUGGCUUAAUAAUCAUAAAGGGGAAAUACAGGGAAUGUGUAUUGGAUAUGAUAAUAUACGUUUAUUUGCAGAGAGAAAAUGUGCAGAUGGUGUACGAUCCACAUCUACAUUUCAUAUACCACCACCUCGACUUUCAUUAAUGGAAUCUGCUGGACUUUUAGCUUGUCCACAUAUCUCUUCUAAUGCUCUCAUGUUAUUUGAUCUUCAUAAAAUGAUGAAAACAAUAUAUGCUCCUAUAAACAAGGAGAAUUGUGUUGAGGAGGAUACCAUAGGUGGUGUAUCUUGUAAUAAAAAAAAUAGAAAAAAACAUGAAAGUCAUGAAAGUAAUGAAUAUAAUGUCAAUUCAUCUGAUAAUAGUGACUUUCAGAGUGCAUUAACCAUUAUGCAGCAGGAACAUUAUAGAAAAGAUAUUUCUACAGAAGAAUCUUCUUCCUUUUCUUCUUCUUCUUUAGAUACUGGUGUGGUCCAUCAGAUUCCAUUUAAUAAUGUUCUCAGCUGUGAGGGAUUCCCUAAUAUAUCGGCAUGUGGAGUGUGGAGUAAACAAUCUCGUAUUCUUGUGGGAAAUACGGAAGGUCAUGUACAGAUAGCCUGA